AUGAGCAAACUAAUGUCAAAAAGAAAAUUCAGAAACGAUACAGGCGACGAAGAAGUACACGAAAGCGGUUUAUUUGUCACCUAUGGCACUUCCCUUCCUGAUAUAAACUCUGAGGAGAAAGACAAAGGGAAAUACCUACCCGUAUGGAAACAAGAAGUGCGCGACGAGCGAGGAUUAAGAAGACUUCAUGGAGCCUUCAAAGGCGGCUGGUCUGCUGGUUACUUUAACACCGUUGGGUCUAAAGAAGGAUGGACACCUUCUUCUUUUGUAUCAUCUCGUGGAAAGAGAGUUGAUCGAAAAGAAUCCAAGCCAGAGGAUUUCAUGGACGAAGAAGAUCUCGAGGAAUUUGGACAAUCUCAAAAAUUAGUCACUACCGAAGACUUUGAUGCAUUUGGAUCCACGGCGCGUGAUCUUGCUCGAAAGCGUGCCAUUGCGACGGCGAUGAACGAAAGUGGGAGUGUAUUAGGUGUAUUACCAGAUAGAUUUAUUGACGAUCUGAUCUCGUGCAAAGGCAUAAGAUUAUUGAAACAAAUGGGGUGGCGUGAAGGGCAAGGAGUAGGACCACGCGUUCCUGCUAGUUCAAGAAAGGAAGAUGGUGAGAGCGGGUCUGAUGUUGAUAGUACAUAUACCUCAGAUAUUACGUUUGCUCCCAAGGAUACCCAGCUAAUUCAAUUUAAUCAGAAGAAUAAUAAUUUCGGUCUUGGAUAUAAUCCUUACGAUAACGCACCAGAAUUCCGUAGAAAGCCAGAUGAAAGCAAAAGUGACACUUAUCUCCAAAAGAGUCAUAAAGACGCUUUACCUAUGAGAGGUGGAAUUGGUGUUGGUGCCUUAGAGGAUGAGGAUGAAGAUUAUAUUUACGGCGGAUCAUCAAUAUCCGAUUAUCACAAGUCGUUGGUAGAUGAAGACGAAGACGUAUUUGUGAUGGGUAGAAAAAAAACGAAAACAAAGCAAUAUAGCGUAAGCAGUAAUUUAUCAAAGGGAGAUCGUGGUACGUGUCGUGAUAACAAGCUGCCGCUUGUGGGGUUUAUCUUAGCCUGCAGGCCUGUGCCACUGGAUAAAUGGUUCUCCCCACCGGAUUUGCCGGCAGGAUUCACACCAUUUCAUAUCUUUGAUACGCCUGGACCAUCGACGGAGACUGACGAACAAGAACACAAUCUUAAGGGACCCGAUGAUAAUAAGGACCUGCAAAUUACCAAAGAAAUCGAUACGAGCCGGAUAACCAAGGAAGUCAAGGGACCCAUCAUGUAUCGGCCAAUGUCCAGCAUGAUUUCCUCGCGUUUUGUUAGUGGAGGUUCUUUGACUGGUCAUGAAUUAAGUAAACCUGAAGGCGGGCUGAAUGUUAAGCCGAUAAUUCCAGAAAUGAUUCAGAAAUCCGAAACUCAAUCUGCAAAAGAGGAAAUUAUAUCUACAGCAGAGUCUGCGGCCAGAAUGAACAUGUUUGGGCCAUUGACGCGUACAAAAGUAGACUUUUAUCCCAACCGACUUUUAUGCAAACGGUUUAAUGUUGCGGAUCCGCAUCCCAAUCACAAGGCAGAGAAAUCCACUGGAAGGACGGAGAAGGGUCAACGAGACGUAUUGAGCAAGGAAACAUUAGAUAAUAUAAUAACGCAAAUGUUAUCCCAAGAUGAACCAAAACCGCCAUCUCCAAAGCGUAAGCGAGCACUCGAUGAAAGUGAAGAUAAAAUAAUAAAGCAAAUGGUAUUCCAGGACGAGCAAAAGCCGCAAUCUCCAAAACGUAAGCGAACACCCAACAAAAUUGAAAGUGAUGUCCAACCAAAAAAUGAACCAAAACCACCAUCUCCAAAGCGUAAGCGAACACCCGACGAAAGUGAAAAUGAUGCCACGUCAUCCGAUGAAUCAUCAUCAUCUCCAGAAUCUGAUGCGAAAAGAUCUCGCCACCAUAAGCAUCGUCAUCAUCAGCAUAAUAAAAGCUCGUCGUCAUCCAAAAAGAACAGCAAGAAAAAGAAGAGGCGGUCAAAGAAAUCCAGAUCGAAACACCGACAAGAUUACUCUAGGGAUCGAAGUGACGAUGAGCGACGGCACCGAAAGGAUAAGAGGAGAAAACACCGAGAUGAAGACGAUAAUGAUAAAGCGAAAAAGGAUAAACGCAGUCUGGAUUAUGGUGACGAGGCGCAUUCUAAAGUGAAGUUAAAGGAUGGCAGAAGUGUGGAUGACGCAAAAAGCCGUCACGAGCGAGAUGAGAAAGAUAAAUGCGAGGAAGCAACACGGCAGCAAGAUGGGGGCGAAAAGCGAAGCACAACAGUAGACGAAAGUGUUAAAGCGACCGAUAGUGGUUCUCGUCAUAUUAGAAAUCGCCCAAGAGCUACGGAUUUGUGGGAGUAG